AUGCCAAAAGUUUUACGAGGCAAAUGCGUUGUUCUGGGAGCUUCAACUGUCGGAAAGUCUGCUAUUGUACAGUCAUUCGCCAGUGAUGGAGCAGAUUUCCCACGAAAUUAUUGCAUGUCAGUAUCCGCUGAGUUGGUUGUAAAAAAUGUGAUCAUUCCCGAAGUAAAUGACACCGUUGAACUAUUCAUAUAUACCCUGCCUGGCAAAGAUGUUUUCAGUACUUUAGCUGACGCAUAUGUUGAUCACAUAAACAUGCUGAUCGUCGUUUUCGACCUGACGGAUACUUCAAGUUUCAAGAACGCGAAAUCCAUCCUUGCAAAAUGGUUAACACCCUCGCGGGUGAAUUUACCACCAACUGUUCUAAUUGGAAAUAAGUCAGAUUUGCAACUAAGACGCCGUAUUUCCACCGAAGAAGCUACCGAGCUUGCCAAAUCUUUUAACAUCACUUAUUACGAAACGUCCGCAAAGGAAGCCAUUGCUAUUGACAAGCCGUUUGUCCACGUUGCAAAAGAAUAUCACAGCCUUUAUGCGAAGAAGAUAGAGACACUCCAGAACCUGAUUUGA